AUGGCAAUGCAAAUGGUAGACGUUGAUACAAGUUCAAAUCCUGAGUGGGCUUCGAUAAUACAGGAGUUAAAUAUAACUAAAACAGUUAAUGAACUAGAAAAAAUGGACAUUGUUGGUAAAUAUCUAGAUUCGGUUGAUAAGUGGGAGACGUUCUAUGAAAUAUAUGCAAAGUGGAUGGGGUUUGGCAAAAGGUCAGAUGACUUGAAGAUAAGAAAUGGGGCAGCUCUCAGAGUGGUUCACAUGAAAGAAAACGACUUAUGGUUGGCAAAAGAAUUCAGCCAUGAACAUAAUCAUGAAAUGGUAUCGGUCCCUGAGUUGCAAUUUCUCAAGAAUAAUCGUGUGGUGUUCGAUGGUUUGCUUGCACAAUCGAGAGGUUAUGAGAGAAUGCCAUGUCAAGUCAGAGAUGUGUACAAUAGAGUAGCAGGAGCAAUUAGGGAAGAAAAACUGGAAACUGAUGCGGAAGGUGCAUUAGGAUUCUUGGAUUGUCUUUCUGCACGAGAUCCAAACUUUUUUGUGUACCACCAAGCUGACACAGAAAACAGACUCGCCAACGUAUUCUGGGCUGACGGGACUGCAAGAAUUGACUACCGGGCAUUCGGGGAUGUGAUAGCAUUUGACACAACGUACAUGACCAACACGUACAACAAGCCAUUGUGCAUUUUGAUGGGUGUCAACCACCAUUUCUCAACUUGUGUUUUUGGGUUUGCGUUGCUCGUAAAUGAAAAAAUGGAGACUUACUCAUGGAUGCUAAGAGCAUUCUUAGAAUGUCACCAUAAAAAAAAACCUUCAGUUGUGGUCACUGACGAGGAUAAUGCAAUGCGUGAGGCAAUAAAAGAAAUACUUCCAGAAUCCACACAUCGAUUAUGUGCUUGGCAUCUAAGCACAAAUGCAUCUAGGGCUGGUAAUGAUCUUGGAUUCACAAAAGCAUUCAAUAAUUUGAUGUACUCAUACUACAAUGAGGAGGUGUUUGAGAACAAAUGGAAAGAGUUGAUGGAGACAUAUCAAAUGGAAGACAACGAAUGGUGCCAACUCCAAUACAGAAGAAAGCGAAUGUGGGCAGAAACCUACCUCCAUGAGCAGUUUGUUGCUGGAAUGAGAACAACACAGCGCUGCGAGUCAAUGAAUUUCUGCCUAAAAAAAUUCCUUUUGAAGAGAUACACCCUACGUGAGUUCGUUACAGCCAUUGACAUCGCGGUGACAAAAAUAAGGCACAUCGAAAGAUUAAAUGACUUUACAACGAAGCACACGCUCCCCAAUCUCCCAUCCUCAGAUGCUCUUAGUAUUUAUUAUGAUCAGUGUGCAAAAUUCUACACCCGAGAAAUAAAAGUGGAAUCGGAAAUCAAAAGAGAAAAUGCCUUAUUUCAUCAGCAGCUAUGA